AUGACCGUGUCUACCAUCCAGGAUCGUAGCCGCUUCGAGACAACCAAACGCCUUCUGGCGCAGCUUGUGAAUGAGGGCUUUGCAAUUGCAAUUUUAAUCCACCAGAAAAUCCAUUUUCAAAAGAGCAAUGAUGACAAGGAUAUAUGGAUUCAGGUCAAUCUUCGUCAUGACACAUUCAUCAAAACAGAGGGAACCCAAGUCCUUCCACCUCUACGGCCUGAAUGUCUACAACCACCCGUCUUUCUGGGCAAGGGAGCCUCGGAGACAGAAGAACUGGAACCAGGAGCGAUAUUCCGCUUUAUUAUCUCUUGGUUCACACAUAUCACAGAAGAGAGAGUUCUCGAGACACUGGCUGAUCAGUUAGGAGAUACUGCCAGGAUGCAGGUACUUCCAGCACACAUUCCGCAGAUGAUUGCACCCUCACUGUCUUUUGUUUCGGUUCUCCAUCGCGACAUGCGUACUACCGGUCCAUUCGAAGCAACACUCGAACCACUCCUCCGCAAGCUCGGAAUUCCCAAUCCAAAAGCUAAAAACACACUUCUAGUACCAUGUCUAACACAGCAAGUGCCCGCUAUCAUCAAAAAUUUCAAAAAUGCCGUCGUUGUUGCAGAACGAGCCUCCAUAGCUAGCGCCCAGGCUUCACUACGCACCAUAUCCCUACAGCCAGAGUUAGAGUUUAACUACCACCUGAAGUUAGCGCUUGCAUGCCAAAUUACUUCUGCAAUUCGGACAGUAACACCGUGGACAACGGGUCAGGGAUUAGCAAUAUCUAAUUUGCUGCAGAAACUGCUUCCGGUGGAUCUGUGGGUGUUCAGAGAGGUCGCUGCUAUUACAGGGCGUCAAGAAAAUUUUGAUGCCGCAAAACAAUUCAGCUGCGUGUUAAGGGAGGAUCUAGAACCGAGAGCCAGGCUCAAUAAUGAAACCUUGGUGGUUGCAGCAGCACUGAUGGAGCAGCACCCUAAGGAUGGGAAAACGUACCCAGAGAGGUUAUUCAAGCUUGAAAGUGUCGAGGAGCGGAAAGUGUGGUUUCGGACCUACUUAAGCUCCCUAUUCAAGCUCAUUCUCCACCCUCUUGUCCGACACGGCAUCGCUCUCGAGGCGCAUGCCCAAAAUACCGUGGUACGUCUCUGCCGUGACACCGGAAAAAUUAAAGGCUUCGCUAUUCGGGACUUUGGUGGAGUUAAAUUCCACAAAUCCACGCUACGAACCCAAGGAUAUAACCUUGACUGGGAGAUCCCCGGUAGUCUCACUUUAACAGAUGACCUGUCCUCUGUCUGGAACCUCACCAGCCAUACUCUACUCCAGUGCCAUGUUCCUAGUCUUCUCUAUGGGAUGAGGUUAGAAAAUUAUGGGGGGUGGGCGAUUGUCUACGAGGAAUUGGAAAGUGUCUUGGCGACGUAUAAGACGGAUGUAUCGAAUGCGUUGUUUGAAUAUCUUUGUGACGAGACGGUUGUUCUGAAGUCUUUUUUGAAAAUGCUUAUUGAGGGGAAAUAUCGCGAGGUAAGGUUCCAGGGCUUCUCUUAUUUCCUUUUUGGGGGCUAA